AUGACAAGCAAACGUGAUGUAUUUGUUAAAACAAUAGCAACACGUCGUAGUGUCUAUUCACAAGAUCGUCUCGAACAAAUUUUAAGUGAAUCAAUACAAGCCAAAGAAAAAGAACCAGGUGAUCGUACAGCUAAAGAUUAUCGCCGUAUAAAACGUUUUGAUAUCGUUGAUGUACAAGGAAAACAGCGACUUGUUGCUGCACGUACAGAUAAUGAUGAUAAAGAAAUACGAUUUUUUGUAUCAAUUGAAGAAAUGUAUGAUAUUAUUGAUUAUACACAUAAAAAAAUGAAUCAUGGUGGACGUGAUCGUUUAUGGCCAAUAUUAUCAAAACAAUAUGCCAAUAUUCCACGUGAAGUUAUACAAACAUAUUUAAAAAUGUGUGAUUAUUGUUGUAAAAGACGUAAACGUAUUAAUACAGAUACUACAAAUGAAAAUGGUACAACUAAUUUACAUAAUGAUACAAAUCAUUUAAUGGAUACAAGUUUAACGAAUAUUAUACAUGAUAUUCCUACAUUACAACAAACAAAUAUAAUUAAACAUGAACAACAACAAAUAGCAACAUCAUCAUCACCAAUUGUUUUACAUAAUCAUAGUAAUAAUGCUAGUCUUCAUCAACAACAACCAAUUGAGAAUAUAUUCGAUGGAACAAAUACACAUGUAAUGAAUCGUUUAUGUGAAUAUGAUUUAAUUGAUUUACAAAAUGCUCAUGAUGGUGACCAUGGUUUUGUUCUUGUCUAUCAAGAUUAUCUAACAAAAUUUACUCAAUUACGACCAUUAAAAAGUAAAUCACCGGUUGAAUUAGGUACAACAUUAAUGGAUAUUUUUUGCAUAUUUGGUCCACCACUUGUAUUACAAUCCAGUGCUGAUCUUCAUGUUGAAAAUUCUGCUAUACAACAAACACUCGAAGCUGUUUGGCCCGGUAUACGGCUUUAUCAAGAUGAUUCAUCUCAAUGGCGUGAAACAGCAAAACUACGUAAUGAACAAAUACGUUCAAUGAUAGCAGCAUGGAUGUUUGUUAAUAAUAAUCCACGUUGGUCAUAUGGUUUAAAAUUUGUUCAAUUAACAUUAAAUUCGAAUAUAAAUAAUGAAUUAAAACGAUCACCUUAUGAAGCAUUAUUUAAAAUGUUACCAGUUUUACGACCAGCAACAGUGACAUUAUCGUCAUCAACAACAGAUACAUCAUUACAACAACAACAACAACAGCAACAUCAUCAUCAUUCCCAAUUACUUCAUCCAACAGCAGCAGUUGUACCACCAUCAUCACAUUCCCCAUCGGGUAGUGCUAAUGAUGGUGAUUUUGUUACACCGAAUGUGAAUAUUCUUCCUUCAACAAUUUCUUCAUCAGAACGAAUUAAAGCGGAAAUGUAA